UUUUGCGAUUUCCUGACAAGUUAGAAGCUUUUACCAGGCAAUGUAGAAAUGCAACAUACAAUAUAUUUGAAGGCACCCAUGUUACAAUCCCCACCUCUUCCUCCGCGCCUGCUCUGUAACGACGAAGAAGCAAUAUAUAGGUAGCUCCUCUGAAACUAGCUUCUCUCGAGUAGUCUGUAACAGUGCUUAGUAGUAAUAAGGGUUAUUAGCUUAGCAUAGCAUCCUGGUGAAUUAGCAAGGUAACCUUUAAAGACCUUAAACAUAUGAAAGUGUGGAUGUGAGACAGUCAUCUCGUGUGUGCCUUUUAGUCGACUUAGUGUUGAUGUGGAUGUUUUUAUUUUUAGUGUAGUUUGGCUAACAAGGACUACAGGAACCAGCAAGUCAGUGUUAGCAUGCUAAUGCUAAGCUAACUAGCAUUGUGGCUAACAGGAACCAGCAAGUCAGCAGACUGACAGGGAGCAGCAAAGAUUUGUGUAAACUUGAAGCAAUGGAUGGCGACGCGGCAUCCGCCUCUGAGCGAAUUCUGCUGGAACCAUACAAGUACUUGUUGCAACUACCAGGAAAGCAAGUGAGGACAAAACUAUCCCAAGCAUUUAACCACUGGCUCAAUGUUCCAGAGGACAAACUACAGGUGGUUAUCGAAGUGACUGAGAUGCUCCACAACGCCAGCUUGCUCAUAGACGACAUCGAGGACAGCUCCAAGCUGCGGCGAGGCUUCCCCGUGGCCCACAGCAUCUAUGGCAUUCCCUCCGUUAUCAACUCGGCCAACUACGUCUACUUCUUGGGGCUGGAGAAGGUGCUGACCCUGGAGCACCCUGAAGCUGUCCGAGUGUUUACCCGGCAGCUGCUGGAGCUGCACCGUGGUCAGGGCCUGGACAUCCACUGGAGGGACACCUACACCUGUCCCACUGAGCAGGAGUACCGCAACAUGGUGCUGCAGAAAACUGGAGGGCUCUUUGGUCUGGCUGUGGGCCUGAUGCAGCUUUUCUCAGAUUGGAAACAGGACCUAAAACCCCUCCUGGACACACUGGGCCUCUUUUUCCAGAUCCGCGACGACUACGCCAACCUGAGCUCUGCCGAGUACAGCGAGAACAAGAGCUUCUGCGAGGACCUGACGGAGGGCAAGUUCUCUUUCCCCACCAUUCAUGCUAUAUGGUCGCGUCCGGAGAGCACCCAGGUGCAGAACAUCCUGAGGAAACGCACAGAGAACAUGGACAUCAAACGGUACUGUGUGGACUACCUGGAGAAGGUAGGCUCGUUUGCCUACACCCGUCAGACUCUGCGGGACCUGGAGGUGGAGGUCUACCGCCUCAUCGGGGAGUUUGGGGGAAACCCUCAACUAGAGAGCCUUGUUAAACACCUCAGCAAAAUGCAUCGUGAGGCUGAAGCCACAGCAGAGUCCAGUACUGAGCCACAGUCCAGGCAAAACCACUGACCUCAACCACCUUUCACUGCUACAUGACUCACAUACUAGCCCUGCACACUCCACUCACACAGACGCUUUGCUAAUACACUGAUGCAGCUCAACAAACAUACCGGUAUGCUCACAAACUAUUUAAUGAGUCACAAUCAAUCAUUAAACUUGUGCUCUUGAAUUCUGUUAGACAGCUUUGACUGCAUUCAGCAGCUACGAGACCGCGAAGCAGUCCCAAUGUUGCCUUUCUCUUUAGUGUGCUAGAUGGCAUCCUCCAAGUGUUGCUUAACAUAUUACACAUCACCAAUUGUCAAGGAAUACAUUAAAAAAGAGACGAACUUCUUAUGUUGGUUUUAUGUUUGCUUUUCUAAAAAUGAAAAAUAACAAGAUGGCAACAACGCUUAAAAGCCUUCCGUUUGAUGUGCACUACAGUGCAUGUAAAUGUAUUUUUUUAUGUCUUGCCAUCAAAUGAAAACUGUUUAUCUAGAGCUGAGUGAAUGCUGGGUGUUUUUUCCUGAAGCCCCUGUUUAGAAUAAGAUGUCUGAGUGUAUGAUGUGUGAUUUGGGGAUCCAUAAUCAUUAAGCCGCCAGAGUGCCAAUCCUGUAGAAAAGACCUCUGCAACUCAAUUGUCUACUUGUUAUGUAACAUGCUGGCAUUAUAUGCAAAGUAGUGCUCAAGCUGUUUAUGCUCAGCUCUAUAUGAAUACGCUGUUGAUGUUUUGGUUUAUUAUUAUUGCGGACCGCAUUUCCAUCUGGUUCAGAUUCAACACAGCUCUUCACAUCUCUGAUAUUUUAUUAGGGUGACUCAGUUAUGUUUGUAAGUGGACGCUGUGCUGCAGUUAAAACCUUUUUUCAACUAUUGAAUAAAAAAAAACUUUAAAAAGGUAA